UCAGUGUGAUCAAAUGAAUUCACUAAAACAACCUUAUUCUUAGACCAGACGAGAAACUUCAUGGGCCACACUUUUACCGUCGUGGGUCUCAGCUUCUUCCCCAUAAUGGAUUAUAUACCUGACAGCAAUCGUCCUGGAACGACCAUCACGCUCACUGAUUGCCUGGACAAACGAAUUCUCGUGGCAAUUUCUUCCGCACUCAAUUUCAAGUACAUUACUCGUGAGUCUUCGGACGGUGAGUGGGGCCUCGACCAAGAUGGCAACUGGACAGGGAUCGUGGGAGACCUGCAGCACAACAGGGCCGACUUCUCUCUUCUUCUUGGCCUCGUUUAUUCCAGAGCCCAGGUCAUGGAUUUCUCCAGCAUCUACAUCAACGACCGAUGGGUGAUCAUUUCCCUCAAGCUCCAGCCUCUGACGCAGUACCUGUCUUUGGUCAAGCCUUUCACAGGGGUGCUGUGGAUUGCCGUUUUCAUUAGCGUCGUGGUUAUGGGAUUCACACUCUGGUUGUUCGCGCGCAUCUGGACUUUGAUUUCUGGCGAUCGUGGGAUCAGCAUCACCACUUCUUUACUCUACACCUGCGAAAUUUUACUUGCCAGCCCUGAUCUGAUUCUCCCGGUCAAUUUCACCACCAGGGUAAUGGGAUACAUCCAACCUUGGUUAGAAGAGGGUCUUUAUUCCCUUAUGCCAUCAUCGGCAUCUGACGACAUCGUCCUCCAGAUGAUGGCCGUGUGCCUAGGGAUAUUCUCCGUGAUCGUGACUUCGGCCUACAAGUCGUCCUUGAUCGCACACCUGACAGUGCGAGUCUAUCCUCCACCGAUCAACAACUUCCAGGACUUGGUCAACUCCGAGAGGGUUACGUGGGGCAGCGAACCGCUCUAUGGGACAGAGGUUCUGUUUUUCAACUCCAGUCUGGAUCCUGUGACCAGGGAAUUCUAUUCCAAGUUAGAGUUCGACAACCUUGAUUACCACAUGGGCAAGGUCAUGAAAGGUCACCAUGCGUUCUUCAGCUCCAAGACUUACAUGAGACACGUCAUCGCUUCCCAGUACACAAGCAGCCUUGGCUACACGCCUCUCCAUUUCAGUCAGACGCAGUAUCCCACUAGCGCUGGCAGCGUUUGGGGUGUCAGGAGAGGCGCCAUAUUCACAGAAGCCCUGACGAGGAUGAGGACUCGGCUUAGCGAAAUGGGCCUUUUUGACUAUUGGAUGAAUGACGUCAUCAGCACCAAAGCCAGACAGAUAAGGAAAGACAUCAAGGAAAAGGAAGGACACCUGAAGCUCGACGCUGCUGGCUUUAGCGGAGAGGACUCAAGAACCGAGGAAGUCCUUAGUCUGAACCACUUGCAAGGAUGCUUCUACAUCUUGUUCAUCGGAUAUGUCGUCGCCCUGUUGAUACUGACGUUAGAAAACUGCAUAGGAUAUCUCAACAAAAACUGAAAAAUAUUCUAUGUUAUAUCGGCGCCAUCCACUAUGACCGGAUCAUUAUACAUGCUUAUACACAUUUCCUUAGCCAUGGAAACGCUCCCUUGUGCACGAAUAAACAAAACGUCGUCUCCUCUUUGUUUGUAUGGUGUUUUUAUGUUGCAUGGAACCAGUGGUUAUUCAGCAACGGGACCAACGAAUUUACGUGACUUCCGAACCACGUCGAAAGUGAACUUCUAUCUCCAAAAAUACACAUCUCUGACCCCUUCAUAGACUGCACGUCGUCUCUUCUUUAGAAAGACUCAAGACUGAACGGGUUCUACUCAACUCUUGCCUUAUUUUACUUUGAACCAUAAAAAUUAUGGCUCCUAACACUUGUCUCAAGAUCCUUAAAGAUUCGAUUAUGAAAUUUAGGUCUUGAGGACCAAGCGCCGGAACUCAUCAGGGUUAUUCAGUGCCGUUAAGAUCCUGGAAGGUGUUUGGUAUUUUUAUCUUUUAUUUUUCUUUUUUGUAUUUCAUCGUCUUAGUGAGUAUUGUUUAUCUUUACUGCUUAGCAGCUGUGGUUCUCAUUUUUCUCAUAGUACCUAGAAAUAUACAUAAUCAGACAGAUAGAUAUAUGCACAUGUACAGUAUACAUAAUGUAUAUAUGCAUAGCAGCAUACAUAGAUGUGAUUUUGAGUAAACAGUACUGAAUAGUAGAUGUCAAAAUUAUUCAUUCAUCCUAUGUAGUAUACAUAAUUAUUUUCAAUUUUGUAGUCAAUAUUCUGUGAUCAAUAAAAAUAAUUUUAUGGUUAAUGUGUUUUCUUUUAGUUUUUUACAAUACCAAACAAUUGUUGGCAGCUCAAACAUUAAUACUAAAAGAAUUCGAGUUAGUCAAACCUCAACAUUGCCUCGAGCUGGUCAAAUUUGCUUCCGUCCUCCUUAUAUUUGCGGUCAU